GCUGCGUCUCUACGCACAGCCACACGAAGCUGCCACUGCGGAGCUCCAGCCCAGCACCCUGCGCAUCGGCCGGGAGCCCCUCGGCAUCCACGCUGCGCCAUGGCCAAGGCCACCGAUGUCUGGUCCGACCUCGGCCUCGUCUUCUUGCUCGCCUGCCUCCUGCCCUUGGGCCCAGCGAAGGUGGCUGCAGGUCUCUAUAAUCUCAGUCUUGCUACUGAUGGUCCUGCUACCGUUGGUACAGAAGUGACCAUCUCAGCCAACCUGACGGUCAAGGACAAUGGCAGCCUGUCCCUGCCUGCAGACACCCACCUCUACCGUUUCCACUGGGUCCACACACCACUGAUACUCACUGCCAAGACUGAGAAGAAUCUAACCUCGACCAUCCACGUGGUGGGCAGAGUGGCUGGGGACUUCUCAGUCUCUGUCUGGGUCACUGCUGUCGACUGCUGGAUGUGCAAGCCGCUAGCCAGGAGUGCCCUGGUACUCCCCAUCAAAGAGUCGCUUGUGGGAAAACUAGUCAUUACCCAAAACACCUCCGUGUCUUGGCCGAACGCCUACCUCACCAAUAAAAGCCUUAGAUUCUCCUUUUUCCUCCAUGACCCGAGCGACUUCUUCAAGUUGGCCUCCUUCUUCUACCGAUGGGACUUCGGAGACGGGACCUUGUUGAUAACUGACACCCCUGUGGCCUAUUACAACUAUUCGAGUGUUGGAACCUUCACGGUGAAAGUCAGGGUCGUGGCAGAAUGGGAGCAGACAAAGCCGGAUGCCGCGAAGGGCACCGUGCAGAGGAGCGGCGACUUCUCAGCUUCCUUAAAGCUUCGGGAGGCUCUUCAAGGCAUCCAGGUCUUGGGGCCCACCCUCUUGCAGACAUUCCAAAAGUUCACAAUGACCAUGAACUUCCUCGGGAGCCCGCCUCUGGAGGUGUGCUGGGGCCUCAAGCCACAGUGUCUCCCACUCGAGGACAGAGAGUGCCACUCUGUGUUGGUGACCAGCACAUCUUUUAACCUGAGCCACGUCUUCCAGGACCCUGGGGACUACUGCUUCAUCUUCCGUGCUGAGAAUGUCAUCAACAAGGCUCACCAGUUCCACAGGAUUCAGGUGUGGCCCUCCAGCUUGCAGCCGAUUGUCUUCGCUUUCCCGUGCGCCACGCUGAUCACUGUGCUGCUGGUUUUCAUCAUGUACAUGACUGUGCGGAGUGCUGCUCAACAGAAGGACCCAACGGAGAGUCCGGAGAUGACCGGGCUCAAGUGCUGCUGCCAGCUGUGCUGUGGAUCCCUCUUUCUGGAAUCACCGUCCGAAUACCUGGAGAUUGUCCGAGAGAACCACGGGCUGCUUCCACCCCUCUACAAACCUAUGAAAACGUACAACGUGUGAACUCCCCACACCCAUACCUCUCAGUGUUCGCUGAUCACCCAUUGGGAGCUGCGGGGCCGGGUGGCAUAUGCUACUGAGCAGGAGGGGUUCACCCAGGUGUGGCCAUUUGCCCAGACUGGUCAUGGCUCUGUACAGUCCAGUUGUUGUGAUACGUCCUUUGUGUCAUCCUCCCAGCUGUCAUCUCAUCUGUACACUCUAGUCACUGCUGUGAGCUUUCCCCCGUCACCCUCCCACCCUCUCCCGAGCAGGAUUCUGAUGUUUGGUGUGCUCUAUUAAGACUCUUCCACGUGGACCUGGAUGCCCCUUGCCCAUUGCUUUCAUGUUAGUACAUCUGUGACUCACUGGGGAUUCAUGAGGCCUUCAGCAAUGCAGCUCCGCUCGAACCAGAGAGAGCUAGGAAGGAGGUCACAGAUGGUUAAGGAUGCAUAGUGGAAGGUAACCCACACUCAGAUGGGCACACUUACAGCAAGGAGGGAUCCACAUGGAUGUGAUGGCGCAGCUCAGAUGAUCUGCUGUGUAUCUCCAAGGCUCAUUGCCGCGAUGGACCUGAACCAAAACUCAAAUGCAACACCUGAGCCUGGCCCUUUGUCUUUUGUCCCUGCAGUUCCAUUACCAGGUCGUUCUGUUCCCUGCCUGCUUGCCGGAAGCUGGGUAGUGGUGGUGGUGGUGGGCGGGGUGAAAUGAACACCGGUGAGUGUAGAAUGCUCUAUAAAUUAAUCGUCUUUCACCGAAACCCGUAAGAUCAGUGUCCACUGAGAAAAAAAAAAAAGAGUUGGAGCAAAAAGAAAGGUUUGCUAGUGAGGACUUGAGCGAUCUCUCUCUCUCUCUCUCUCUCUCUCUCUCUCUCUCUCUCUCUCUCUCUCUCUCUCUGUGUGUGUGUGUGUGUGUGUGUGUGUGUGUGUGUGGCACCUUACCCACUCAGUUGCUCCCAAGGUAGCAGAAGAAAGAAUCAGGAGUCAAAAGAUACCUUGAAAGAUUAUAAGUAGAAGCCUGGUGUGGUGACGCACACCUUUAAUCCCAGCACAGAGGAGGCAGAGGCAGGUGGAUCUCGGAACAGAGUUCAAGGUCAGCCUGGUCUACAUAAUGAGUUCAACAACAUUCAGAGCUGUAUAGGGAGUCCCUGCCUCAAAAAAAGAAAGGAAGGAAGAAAGAAAGAAAGAAAAAAACAAAGAAAGAAAGAAAAAGAAAGGGAAGAAAAGAAGGAAGGGGAAGGGAAAGGAAGAAAGAAAGAAAGAAAAGAAAGGGAAAGAACAAAGGUGGGUAAGUAGGUACAGAUGUAAGCAUCCAGGCUUACCUGUUUACCUAGCACACUAGGGCAGCCUGCACCUGCUGGAGGAGGGUGGUCAAGACUGUAAAGGUAGCUCUCUGUCACUGUAACUGUUGGUUGGCCCUUGGACAUCCUGCUGAACUAGUGUUCUCUCGUGUACCGCUCAUUCCCAUGACAUACUGCCAUUGUCCCUGAAUAAAAGCUUCCUCAAGCGCA